GGAUGGAGAUGCAAGAGCUAACCGCAUUCCAGCAAUCGGAUGAAAUCACCCAGCCGUUCACGAUCAGUUGCGCCGGGGAAGUGAUAAUAGUGUGCGCUAAGGAGCAAACAUUCGUGCUAAGACUAAAGUACAGACACAUCGUCGAGGAUGGUGCAAUCUGCUACGAACUGUCGCGCAUCAAAUGCUCCAAUGCCCGGCCAACCGGCGCACUGCUAGCACGCGAGGAUGUCAUCUACAAUGCUAGCACGAUGGAACAGCGCAAGCAAAUAAUGCUGGAUCAAACAUUCUUUCCCAACAUAGCCAAGGUGUUCAUCAAUAAUGUCCAGUCGUGGUUAUCACCGGUCGGUAUUUUCGAAAACAAUCCUGGUAAUCAUCUUAUCGCGAAUCUGACCAACAUGGGUCAGCUUACAAUUUAUCGGCUCGAGAAACAGUUUCAAAACGGGUGGGAAACGUACCUGGACGUGUCGGACACGUGGCAUUCGCACAUAUACGAUCAGCAUCAGAUCGAUAGCUUCGAAGAGCUGCAGAUCAUGGUGAACGAGAUUACGAUCACUUGUUUUGCGUGGGAAAGCGUAAUUUACCAGCAACCGGUGCGGUUCGCGUUCGGUACAAAGUCAGGCAAAAUCGUACUCUGCCAUCUGGCACCGAACUGUCCAAAGAUUGAGCACGUGCACCAAGAGGAGGAAGCAUCACGCGUGAUCAAGUAUGUAGCCGUCCAAGGACAACAUCAUUUUCUGCUGGUUGGGCUCGAAAGCGGACGGUUAGGAGUGUACCGAUUCGGGAAGAGCAAUGCGGCAAAGGAGGGUGCUUAUUUGGCCGAGUACAUUGCAACUUACUUCGAGCGGGACAUUCCUUUCUCGGCGAUCGAGUGCGAGGUAGAACGUAAAGCGAAUGGAGAAGAAUUGCUGCUGAUACUAGCGGUGAAGGGAACCUAUUUGCUAGCGCUAGAGAUAGCUUUCGAUGGUAAGCUGCUCGGUACCGUGACACUGAAUAUGGACAACUUUAUGGUGACCGGACUGCAGCAGGUUUGCCCCCGUACCUACAUCGUAACAACGAUGCCGGGGAAAAUAUUUCACAUCUUCGUCAACGGAUCGCGCUCACGGAACGGCAUGCAGAUAACGCUGCAGGAAGUGAACAGCGAUCUCAACGUUGGUUCCUACGCACUGUACGGUGUGGCCGCAUCACGUACCCGUUCCGCGUGGUUCUUCCUGGGCUAUCCAUCGAGACGGUUCGAUCACCUAACGCUUCGUUCGCCGACAUGCAUCUUUUUCUGCCGCUUUAGUCAAAUAGAUGCGCUGAAAACGUUGCUCCUGAACAACACCAACAAGCUGGACAAAUAUCACGAUGCAGUAGAGAUGAUUCGUUUCCAAGGCAACAAGAAUGCCGACACACUGAAACCGCUGGAAGAUGCGGUGCUAGUACUGUCGCUCGAUGAACAUUCCAUGUACCAGCUGAAGCUGCAGCUGAUACAGCUCAGUGCGAAGAUAAGCUAUCAGUCUAAGCGUAGCAGAGCGAGUGCGGAGAAUCUGUACAGCCAGCAUCAAUUUAUCUGCAGCCUGAUCGAGGUGAUCCAUGCGUGUCGGGUUGUUUGUUGGAUGGCCGAUCUAUUCACCAACGGUACCACACUCGUUCCUUUGCAACAGGAUGCGUUGCGUUGCUUGCGAAAUUUUAUCCGCUCCAUGGUCCAGGAACAGUACGCGGGCGAGUACGAGUACUUGCUGACCGACUUGAAACCGUUGCUGAGUCAAGUGUUGGGAAGCACGGACCCAAUACCGUUGCCGUCCAUUAUGCACGAAGUGUGCACGUUCUGUGAUGAUCCGAUCGAACCGAACAGUCAAAGCUGUCCGAAGACGCAUCAGGUGUUUCGGUGCAUGCAGACCAAGAUACAGGUUACGCUCGAAAGUGUCGAGCUUACGUGCGAGAUGUGCGAGCGGUGCUCGGUUCGGACGGAGUUUUUGGACACGAUAUUUCAGCACGAUACGACGCUGGUGGAUUAUCGCAAGUGCUUCAUAUGUGACGCUGCAUUUAAGUAA